CUUUUCAUUGCAGGAGAAGAGGACAAAGAUACUCAGAGAGAAAAAGUAAAGGACCGAAGAAGGAGACUGGAGAGACCAGGAUCCUUCCAGCUGAACAAAGUCAGCCGCAAAGCAGACUAGCCAGCCGGCUACAAUUGGAGUCAGAGUUCCAAAGAUAUGGGCUUGUUAGAGUGCUGUGCAAGAUGUCUCGUAGGGGCCCCCUUUGCUUCCCUGGUGGCCACUGGAUUAUGUUUCUUUGGGGUGGCACUGUUCUGUGGCUGUGGACAUGAAGCACUCACUGGCACAGAAAAGCUCAUUGAGACCUAUUUCUCCAAAAACUACCAGGACUAUGAGUAUCUCAUCAAUGUGAUCCAUGCCUUCCAGUAUGUCAUCUAUGGAACUGCCUCUUUCUUCUUCCUUUAUGGGGCCCUCCUGCUGGCUGAGGGCUUCUACACCACCGGCGCAGUCAGGCAGAUCUUUGGCGACUACAAGACCACCAUCUGCGGCAAGGGCCUGAGCGCAACGUUUGUGGGCAUCACCUAUGCCCUGACCAUUGUGUGGCUCCUGGUGUUUGCCUGCUCUGCUGUGCCUGUGUACAUUUACUUCAACACCUGGACCACCUGCCAGUCUAUUGCCUUCCCCAGCAAGACUUCUGCCAGUAUAGGCAGUCUCUGUGCUGAUGCCAGAAUGUAUGGUGUUCUCCCAUGGAAUGCUUUCCCUGGCAAGGUGUGUGGCUCCAACCUUCUUUCCAUCUGCAAAACAGCCGAGUUCCAAAUGACCUUCCAUCUGUUUAUUGCUGCAUUUGUGGGGGCUGCUGCCACACUGGUUUCCCUGCUCACCUUCAUGAUUGCUGCCACCUACAACUUCGCCGUCCUUAAACUCAUGGGCCGAGGCACCAAGUUCUGAUCUCCUGUAGAAAUGUCCCUUUCUCUAAUAGCGAGGCUCUAACCACACAGCCUACAGUGCUGCGUCUCCCAUGUUAACUCUUGCCUUUGCCACUGACUGGCCCUCUUCUUACUUGACGAGUGUAACAAGAAAGGAGAGUCUUGUGGUGAUUAAUGUCUCUCUCUGGACUCUCCCCUCUUAUGUACCUCUUUUAGUCAUUUUGCUUCACAGCUGGUUCCUGCUAGAAAUGGGAAAUGCUUCAGAUGGUGACUCCCCAACUGCAAGUCACAAAGGAAUGGAGGCUCUAAUUCAAUUUUCAAGCAUCUCCUGAGGACCAGGAAGUGUUUUCUCUUCAAAGGGCACUUCCACUGAUGGAAACAAAGUGGAAAAAAAGAUGCUCAGGUAGAGAGAAGGGAUGUACCUGGUCCCCUUGACAUCUAUUGGGGCCAAAUAUAUUCUCCUUGAUGUACAAAACAGAGAACCCACUCCUGUCUCCCUCUUACCACGGAAGAUAGAAGAAAAAAAAGAAUGCCAACAAAACAAUAAAAGCAUUUGCCCAAAUCUACCUAUUGCAGCUGGGAGAAGGGGGUCAAAGCAAGGAUCUUUCACCCAUAGAAAGAGAGCACUGACCCUGAUGGCGAUGGACUAUUUAAGCCCUAACUCAGCCGAUCUUACUUACAGCAUAAGGGAGCGUAGUGUCUGUGUAGACCAAGUGGGCACCUGGCUUUACACCUUAUUAGAGAAAAGAAGCAGGGUAUUGUCAGCAUCUUCUCACUCCCUUUUCCUUGAUAACAGCUACCAUGACAACCCUGUGGUUUCCAAGGAGCUGAGAACAGAAAGAAACUAGCUCAUUAAAAAAAAAAAAAAAAAAAAAAAAAAAGACUGGCCUAAGGAGCAGCAGUUGUUAGUGGCUAACAGUGUAAACUGAGCCAGCCCUCUGGUAGACACAGGAUAGAUAACUCUUUGGAUAGCGUGUCUUUUUUCUGUUAAUUAGUUGUAUACUCUGGCCUCUGUCGUAUCUUCACAAUGGUGCUCUUUUCAUGGGGUAUUAUCCAUUUGGUCAUAGAAGAUGAUUUGAAGAUCUUGAUUUGUUUCCGAAUGAUGCGUAUUUCACAUUUACCAGUUUGUUUAUCACUUGUUUGGGGUUGUACCAGAAAGGUCUAGAGAAUGAUUCUUUGAUAAUGAUUCCUUAGCAAAUGGACAUUGAACGUUAAACAUUGCAAAUAAUAUUUAAAAUUGGCUAGUUCCAUACAUCCACUAGAUUUUCUCCAAAUUAUUCUGCUCUUUGCAGAAACGGAUUUGGUGAAUUUGAACCUCAAUUUGAAUAACCUAUUUGAUUGUUCUUUUUAAGCUAAUGGGGGAUGAUUUGAUUUAGCAGUGCUAACUCAAUGUGUUAAAGAGUCAGGUUUAACAUAUAGGUUAUUCUCUCCUAGUAUGGAUCACUUAAUAGAAUGCCCCAGCCAUCAGCUAUUCAGUUGGUAAGCUUCCAUGGAAACAGAAAGGUGGAAAGAGUUGGAAACCUGAAUAACUCCCAGGUUUCAGGCUUCUCUUUCUGUGUUUGUUAACUUUGGGUUAAAAAAGAAAAGGCUGAUUGGUCUUUAUGGAAAGAGAUCUUACAGAUAUGACUGUAGGUGGCUCUUUUGUUGUAAAGAGUUGUUUUUUUCCCCCCAAAGUUGGUUCAGCAAUGUUAAGGAGAAGUAAGAUGUUUGCAAAAAGAUACUUAAUAUUUGUUUUCAGACCAGUAUACAAGAUAAGCUUCCAGGCUGCAUAGAGGGAGGAGAUGGAAAAGGUUCUGUAAGAAACCAAUCAAGAUCAAGGAAAGUGAAGUAAUCCAUAUCUUGUGUUUUGUUUUGAUUUAAUAACAUAACAAAUAACCAACCCUUCCCUGAAAACCUCCCACGCAUACAUACACACAUAUACACACACAAAGAGAGUUAACUGAAAGUGUUUCCUUCAUUUCUGAUACAGAAUUUCAAUUUUAACACACAUAAAGGAUAAACUUUUAGGAACUUAUCUUACAAAAUGAAUUUUAUAAAAUUAAAGAAAAAUAAAAUUAAGAAUGUUCUCAA